AACCCACAUUUUACUGGUGUGCAUAGGUGCACAUGUGUGCAUCUCAUACAGAGAGCAAGGAAGGCAGUGAGCAGGAGCUCACAAGUGGCAGAGGUUAAUGAGAGAGAUGCUUGGAAUUGGGAAGAAGACGGAAAGCUUUCAGGUCAAAGGUCAGGCUUUUUAAGGCAACAAGAUUUAAUGCCUGGAGGAUACGCUGUUGUUCCCAACGCAGAAAACAACAACAACAACAAAAAAAGAGAUUUUCUGUGUUUAAAAGAGCAGAAAACUGGCCUGGUUUACAGCAAAUAAGCAUAUUUGAAGAAAAAUAGCGAUGGAAAAUUUGCCUGUUUACCACGGACCUAUCGGCAAGGAGGAGGGCGAGCGACGGCUGGGCCAGGACGGGCGGGAUGGGUGUUAUCUGAUCCGCAACAGCGACUCGUUGCCGGGCGUUUACUGCCUGUGUGUGCUGUGCAAAGGCUACGUCUACACCUACAGACUCUACAGGGAUGACACUGGCUCAUGGGCUGCAGAAACGACUCCCGGUGUGCAGAAAAGGUAUUUUCGACAGAUCAAGAAUUUGAUAGCAGCUUUUCAACAGGCCGAACAGGGAAUCGCCAUGCCGUUACUGUACCCCAUCACCGCCCAGGGACGGGCCCACACCCACCCGCAGUCACACGUGCUCAGUAGCAGCCCGUCAUCACCUCCUGCCAGUCAGCACUCUUCCGUCCAGCAGCGGACGCCAAAUGCCAUUCAGAAAAACAGGAACAAGAAGGAGGUGCCGCAAACUUUUGGUUAGGGGCAAACCCUGCACUCAACCCUGAACUAUAGUUGUGAAAAACACAUUUUCUGCUUACAUUGACCAGUGUGACGUACAUGUGAUUUUUUUUUUUUUUUUUGUCUUACUCAAACGUAAUUUUACCCCCAUUUUUUUGUCUUUGUCGUCCUGUAUCUGCAGCACAGAAAAUGCUUCUAACUGUGUAAAAUAUUGAUCUGCUGUAACAUUAAUAUCUAUAAAUGUAUAAAUAGACUGACAAUAAAUAUUGGGCAACUUUU